GUGUCUGCCAUCGAAUUGCGCACUGCUGCUCCAUCAGUCGAUUCAAACUCGUCCCCGGUGUGUCUGUGGACAUUGCACUGUUUUUAUUUUUAUACUCUUUUAUUUUAAAUUCAGUAGUAAGACGCGGUUUACGUUAAGGUUAUCCGGGCGAACAGGAUUUGCGAGAUUGGAGACUGGUGGUGCUGCUGGUGGACAUUUUUUUGCUUUUGUAUUUCCUCGCCUGUUGUGCUUUCGGCUCCUAAUUUUCACUCAUUGUCAUCAAAACCAGAUCAUUUUAACGGACGAGCCGGAGUUAUGUUAUUGGUUUUUAGUUCUGAAAGUUUGGUUCGGGUUUGAACAGAUAUUUCCUGCUCUGAGGAAAACUUUAGGGAGACCUAAUAUUUAACUUUUGUGAGUGAAAAGAAUGCAUUAGCUGAAGCUAAUCCGUUUUUAGCCUAGCCUGCUAACCACCGCUGGAAGGGCGACCUGACUCCCUCCAUUCACCGUGAUGCUUCUGACCUGACUGGAUUUAUUUGUUUUGUCGAAACGCUCGCACAUUGGAAGCCUGUUUAUUAAGAUAAAGUACCCUUGUGAUUAAAUGUCCCUUCUGCUACUAAGUGGAAUCCUGAGACCAGAAUCCUAAAUGACCAGUGUCUGAGGAGCCGGUGGUGUGUGUGUGUGUGUGUGUGUGUGUGUGUGUGUGUGUGUGUGUGUGUGUGUGUGUAUGUGUGUCCACGUGUGAGGAUGAGCUCUAAGCGGAGUUUGUUUGUGCGGUUGGUGCCGUGCCGAUGUCUGCGGGGUGAAGAAGAGACAGUCACCUUUCUCGACUACAGUCACUGCAGCCUGGAACAGGUGCCCAAGGAGAUCUUCAGCUUUGAGAAGACUCUGGAGGAGCUUUAUCUUGAUGCCAACCAGAUCGAGGAGCUUCCUAAACAACUGUUCAACUGCCAAUUACUGCAUCGACUGAGUCUACCGGACAAUGACCUCGCCGUCCUGCCUCCGGCCAUCGCUAAUCUCGUCAAUCUCAGGGAGCUCGAUGUCAGCAAAAACAGUAUACAGGAGUUUCCAGAAAACAUUAAGAACUGUAAAGUCCUGGCCAUUGUUGAAGCAAGUGUGAAUCCUAUUUCUAAGCUCCCAGAAGGUUUUACGCAGCUCCUUAGUCUAACCCAGCUUUACCUGAAUGACGCCUUCCUGGAGUUUCUGCCUGCGAGCUUCGGCAGGCUAACCAAACUGCAGAUCCUGGAGCUCCGGGAGAACCAGAUAAAGAUGCUGCCCAAAAGCAUGCAUAAGCUGAUGCAGCUGGAACGACUGGACCUGGGAAGCAAUGAGUUCACUGAAGUGCCUGAGGUUUUGGAGCAGCUUACAGGAAUCAAGGAGCUGUGGAUGGAUGGGAACAAGCUGACAGUUUUACCGCCGAUGUUGGGGGUGCUUAAGCAGCUCAAGUACUUGGACGUAUCUAAGAACAACCUGGAGACAGUGGAUGAGCAGAUCUCUGGCUGUGAGAACCUGCAGGACCUUCUUCUCUCCAACAACGCUCUUACACAGAUACCCAGCUCUAUAGGCUCUCUGAAGAAAUUGACGGCUCUGAAGGUGGAUGAGAACCAGCUUGUGUGUCUGCCAGAGUCGAUAGGAGGGCUUACAGCGCUGGACGAGCUGGACUGUAGCUUUAAUGAGAUUGAGACUUUGCCUGCUGCAAUUGGAAAAUGUGUGAACCUGCGCACCUUUGCUGCAGACCACAACUUCCUCACUCAGCUGCCCCCAGAGAUGGGCUGCUUGAAGAAUGUUACUGUACUGUUCCUGCACACCAAUAAGAUGGAGACUUUGCCUGUAGAGAUGGGUGACAUGCAGAAUCUUAAGGUCAUCAAUCUCAGCGACAACAAGCUGAGGAGUCUUCCCUACAGUUUCACCAAGCUGAAUGAAAUUACUGCUAUGUGGCUGUCGGAAAACCAGUCCAAACCACUCAUCCCACUGCAGAAAGAGGAGGAUCCAGAGACACACAAAACUGUACUCACCAAUUACAUGUUUCCACAGCAGAGUCGAACCGAGGAAUACGCACAUAAUUCAGACAGCGAGAGCUUUAACCCAACCCUGUGGGAGGAGCAGCGUAAGCAGCGGGCACAAGUGGCGUUUGAGUGUGAUGAAGACAAGGAUGAGAGAGAGGCUCCUAAUCGGGAAGGACACCUGAAGCGAUACCCCACACCGUAUCCUGAUGAGCUAAAGAACAUGGUUAAGACAGCACAGUCAGUGGCUCAUCGGCUCAAGGAAGACGAGUCGGGGGAUGAGACGCCCUGCGAGAGGAACCACAUUGGGGUGCAGAGUGUGGGAGUCAAGGUGAUUGAAGCUCCUUGCGCCAAUGGCAAAGCACUUGAGCUGGAGUCCAAAGUAACAGUGAACAGUGACCAAAACUCCACUUCAUCCGAACCAAGGGAUACUACGGAUAACAGUGACACAGAGAGGAUUCCUCUUAAGAGCUCGGACGAUAGUAGAACCACAGUCAACCACGAGGACACACUCGAGGAGUCAGAAGAGCUAUCAUCUGAGGAAGACGAGAUGAAGAUUGCAGAGAUGAGACCCCCUCUGAUCGAGAUUUCCAUCAACCAGCCUAAAGUGGUGGCCCUCGGCAAGGAUAAAAAAGAUGACAAAGAUGCUGAUUCACUGCUGGAUGAGACAGUAGCUAACAGCAACCAGAACAACAGUAACUGCUCUUCACCGUCUCGCAUGUCUGACUCUGUGUCCUUAACUACGGACAGCAGUCAGGACAACUCACUUUGCACUCCUGAGAGAGAGACCAAGAUGCCUCUCAUCCCCAAGACCAGACAUGAAGAUGAGAACCUGAACCAGUUUAAGGAGACCAGUUCUCUGCUUCAGAACUGCAAUGGCUCUGAAACCUCACUGCAAGCUGUCCUGAAGGGCCAGCGCAGCUUUGACAGCCAAGCCAGCAAGAUGGCUGGCUAUGAACUGUCUAUGGAGGAGAGACUGGCACUCAUAGAGAAGGACAUCAACAAUGGUGUGACUGAGCAGUACAGCAAAUGGGAUCAGAUCAACAUGAACGUGGCUUACGAGAGAACAGGGAAAUGCAAGGGCACCUCGACUGAGGAGCCUGGACUCAACAAUAAUGCCACUCUGUCUGUGGAAAACCUUAAUAAUGAGAACCAGAAUGGGAAAGCAAUACCCGGUGAACAUUUUGAGCCCAUCCGGAUGGCCAUGACCUCCAGCGAUGUGUCUCUAUCUCGCAGCACGGAGGAGCUGUCGCCUGAGAAAAGAUACCCUCCUCCUUCUGUGAUGAAGUCUCAAAGCAUCAGCAACAUGGAAACCGGUGGCAUGAAACUUUACUCCAUGGGGGGCGAGAUUCCGCCGUAUGAUUCAGUAGUAGGUGCGGGUACAGCACCUGUACCUGGUCCACAGUGCCAGAGCAUUGUAAGAUCCAAAUCAGCCUCUCUGCUCAAUGAUCAUCCACUCCAGGUCCACCCUGGUUCAUCAGCCUCAUCAUCUGACCUGCUAUCUUGCUCCAGAAAUCCAGGCAUGCGCUACCCUGCUGGCCCCCCGCCCCAGUAUAACGUCCAGUACUCAAACAGCUCUGUGCCUAAGGAUAAUAUGUGGUGUCAGCGUACCCCAGUGCCCCCAGACCAACCCUACCACCCUCCUCAGCACUCAUUUGCCAACACCAACUACUCCAACCGCAACAAUGCACCACCCUACCCGCACCCGCCUCAGCAGCGUGGCCCACCUAAACAACCUGACAUGUGGGCCAUGGAGCGUAUGUUGCCCCCAGGUACCCAACGCAGCACCCUGCAGAGGCAGAGUAGCGCCUCAUCCAAUGCUUCCCUAGGCAUGCCAGAACCUCGCCGCAUGCCAGGCCCUGAAGGUGAAUAUGUAAGCUACAGAGACAUUCACAGCAUGCCCCGAGGCCCUAUUCAGAUGAGCCAGAACCUCCAGAGACCACUGUCAGCUCGCACCUACAGUGUGGAUGAGGGCAACCCCCCACGCCCACACAGUGCCCGGCCUCCUCCCCAUGAGCUUCCAGAGCGGACCAUGUCAGUCAGCGACUUCAACUACCAGCAAGGCAGCCCUGGCAAAAGGCCCAACAUCAGGGUAAAGUCAGAGCACUCGCUGCUGGACGGACCUUCAGGUGGAGGGGGGAGGGUGCCAGCUGACUGGAGAGACCAGGUCAUGAGGCACAUCGAAGCCAAGAAACUGGAAAAGAUGACUACCCUGUCUCGGUCUUUGGCCACACUCAAUGGCAGCCAGAGUUCUCUGUCUUUUAGCUCUGUAGACGGACGCAAGUUUGGAGCCCACGGGCCCAGCGAUGAGGGCUUUAGUCCUUAUGGACAGCAGGGCUACCCCAUUGACCCGCACAGAAAAGUGCCUCUGAUGAACGGCCAGAUGUGUGCUGCUCCUCCACUCCGAUCUCAAAUGAACUGUGCCCAAGUUCAGAUGGCGCGCCACCCCUCCCGAGAGCAACUCAUCGACUACCUGAUGCUCAAAGUGUCCCAGCAGCCCCCAGGCCCACCCCGCCACCCUCAUGAAACUCUGUCACACGAGAUGCACGUAAAGAUUGAAAAGAAUCCAGAGCUGGGCUUCAGCAUAUCAGGCGGAGUAGGAGGACGGGGAAAUCCGUUCCAACCUGAUGAUAAUGGCAUAUUUGUGACAAGGGUUCAGCCUGAGGGGUCCGCUUCAAAACUGCUUCAGCCAGGGGACAAGAUCAUCCAGGCAAAUGGAUACAACUUUGUUAAUAUUGAACAUGGAAACGCUGUGUCCCUGCUGAAGAACUUCCCUAGCACUGUGGAUCUAAUCAUCAUCAGAGACAUGGCAGUUUAGAGAACUGAAUAUAUCUACGUUUUCACACCUUUAUUUUUGUACACGGAGGGGCCGGGUUUAUGUGAACUUGAUUAAACUGAUUUUUGGGAGGACCUCGGAGCGUCUGGAAAAACAGGACAUAACCACUGUGUUGCGUGGACGAUGCCUGGACGCUGGUUUGUCUAAAUUAACAAAAGAAGUUUUCACUGUGGGAGAAUCUGUUCAGUACAGACAAGACAACUGUGCUUUUUUUUAAUCAAAAACUGCUUUUUAAAAUCAUUUAUCAUAGAAUUCAAGUAGAGGGACAUUAGCUGGCCACUAGGGGGCAGGGCUCCCUGUGUGUUCACAUCAGUAUGCCUUUGUUUUUAUUUUUUUAAUCAUGAUUCAUUUUUUUCUCCUUUUUAUUUAAGAAAGUUCUCUGACCUGUGGGGGAUUUUGAAGGAAAUCAAUGCUACGUGCUCAGUGUGGAUUAUGAAUGUAGAACUGGUGCGUUUAAUGGAAUCAUGCGUUCCUUUUUUGGCCUGGGUGGGAGAUUCAGGUUCUGAACAGAUAAUUCACCACUUUAGUUUUCUGAACUUCAGCAGAACCUCUACUCACUUUAGCAUCAGUAGAAAAUAGUUCCUGUCCCGCCUCACAACCAGAGUGAUUUUUCUUUUCUGCCUCGUCUGUAGAGAAACCAUCAUUUGGGACAUUAACUAGGACACUGGCUGCUAGGAAGUGCAGAAAGAUCUCAGCAUGUUGUAUUUGGACUGAAACAGGAUGAAGAACAAACCUAUUUCAGUGGAUUAUGUCGUAGACAAGGUGGCCCGGCCUUCAGCUCUCCUGACCUGGAUACAUACACAUGGACGUUUAGAGCUUGUGCUUUAACUGAAGUUUAUGUAUAGACCAUCAUUGGGAGGUGUAAAAUUGCUGGAAAAAACAAGCCCAUCUCAGGUUUAUUCUCAGCCCAUCUUCUGCCCAUUUCAGUCCAUGUCAAGCCUGUUAUGGUCCAUCCAGAGCCCAUUUUGAGACCAGUGUGUUCCAUCCCGAGACAGUUGUGCUCUAAUCAGAGCUUGUUGACCCAUCACUUGCCAGGUGUAACUCAUCUUAAAGAGUUUUGGUCUUUUACAAGCUCGCUGUGGCAUGUUGUCUCACUGUUUUGUUCUUCUUGGGAAUAUUCUGGCAUACCCUGGGCCUAUUUUGGACCACAUUAGGCUCAGGGGGCUGAGCUUGACCUGCAUUUGCCUUCUUUAAGCAACCUGAGCCGUUAUUCGGUCUGGAUUCUUGUUGCAUAGAGCAGUGUAAACUAAGAGAACUUUGCCCCAAUCAGGACAGCAAACGCUGUCAAUCUUUUAAACCAUCAAUCAUGCUGACAUUUGGAAAUUGUUUACCACUUUCUGACUUUGCAUAGUUUGCCUUUCUGUAAAUCAUCUUCCUAAUCAUCAAGUGAUUUCCUUUUUCUUUUUCUUUAUUUAGGGUGUAAAUUGUAAACUUUUGCUUUUGGGGAGUUGGGCACCAGCAGGGGGAGAAACAAGUGCCAAUAGACCCUGAGCUGCCUCGAUCAAGUCGAUAUGAUCCUUUCGACCCUGAGCAAUACUCACUGAUCCAAGCAGCAUAUUUGGUGGCCUGUCACUGGCUAUGGAACUGUGACUGAGAGAGCAAUAGCAAAAAUCUUAUUUUUCAGAAGGCCUGUCAGAUUCCAUUCUUUUUUAAAGAGGAACGAUUUUAGUACCACCUUUUGUGAUAGCAUUUUAUAUUGUGAACCUUUUAGAAAAGAUAGGAAAUGCAUUUUGAAUAUUUUGCAGCAGUGAUGUCAGCGUAUGGUAAUGCUGAAUGUUAUGUUCUCACCACCCUGUUCUCUAAACAGUAAAAUCAGCGGAUCCAAAACCUUCCCGCUGAGUCGAUGCUAUUAACUCUCUCCUGUGAGCAGAUUCAGCUCAACUUGCUUCAAUGGCAGAAUGAUGAACUGACUGUAAAGAUGUAAACAGUGAAGAGUAUCGUUUCUAACCUUUGAUAAAACUGUUAAAGGAAGCAUUGCUUGUUUUAUACACAGGUCUGUAUGUACACAUAAGGAAUGACUAAUUGUUGAUUGUACUGUGUGAUUUACUUGCAUGAGGACACCCUAGACGAUUAUUUUUUGGAUGUACCCAUCGUUUUAGAGCUCUGUAUGAAUUUAAGUUCUAUUAUUCACUUACUGCUGUACAACAGGCCAAUCAGUGGAACAGAAUUAAGAAGUGAACACUGAAGCUUGUUGUACCUGGAUACAAAUCUAAAAUGAUUUUGUUCUGAUUUUAAUGUAGAAUCAUAUUACUGUUAUUUUUGCACGUUUUAAAAUGGCACUAGCACAUACCUGCUCAUGAGUAGCAGUCCAAAACAAUUGGUUUUAAAACUGAUUCAGCCAUUAGUACAUUUGGUUUCGGACUGAAACCUUGACCUGAAUGGAACCAUGCCUUGCAACUCUCAAUAGUUCCUCAGUAGAGCGUUUUUACUCAACUGCUGACGCUGUAAAAACAAUGUAUCGUCUUUGUGAGCACUGUGCGUUCGUAUUUUAUCCUGAAUGAAUCAAAUGAAGACCUGUGAUUGACCCACUUUUUAUUUUUAGUACUGACAAUUUGAGGUUAAAAAAGAAACCAGAUUAUUUUGCCAUAUCAAAGAACAACUGGUCUUUCAGAUUCUCUCAUGUUUGUCUAUUUAUUUAGCGCUAAUAUUUCUUUGACUUUUUGAAGUUUACUAAUCAAAAUGUAAAUAUGUUUUUAAACAGUUUGAGUUAGCCAUGAAAUUAGUGACCUUAGUUUCUGAAGACCAGCAAUAACUCAUUACAGCAACUCUUUUUAAUGUUGGUUUCUUUGGAAGCUGCAACAAAAAGAGGACUGGUAUGCAUUUAUUCUACAUUCCAGAUUUUGUAUAUAAUUUAAGGUUCCAUGGUAUCCUGUGGAAAACAAACAAAAAAAUAAACUAAUGGUCUUUCAAA